AUGGAUGUUAAAGAUAUAUAAUUAAAAAACAACAGUUUUAGAUAUUGUGGAUCUAUGACAAACUCCUAUGAUGUAAUAUUAUUAUAAAAAUGGUAAAGUAAAUAAUUGGAUCUUUAAUUUUUUGAAGCUAAAUCAAAACAUCAAAAUAAAAAUACCAUUUUCAUCAUAAUAAUUUUAAGAUUAAACUAUUUCUUACUUAAUGUUAUUAAACAUUAUGCUUUAAUAUAAUUCAUUCAAUAUUUAGAAUUAAUUAUUUUGAGGCUAAUUAAUACACAUUUGAAUAUACAGGAUAAGAUGAAACAAUAUUCGAUAUUUUCGAUUGGUUGGUUGUACCUAUUGUUGAAUAUCCUACUAAAUAUUCAUUAGUUUUUGUAAAUCUUAAAAGGAAAACAUGAUAUUGUUAUCUAUUUUCCUCACUUUCAUUAAGAAUCAAGGAUUCAUAAUAUAUAAAUCCAGAAAAGAAUCCUUAUAUGA